AUGGAGAUCUUGCGGGAAGACUUUAAAAAAAUUGGAUUCAAAGACGGCUAUGACCUUGGUCUUAUGAAUCUGAGACAUGUGUUGAUUCGGUUCGAAUUAGAGGAGGACUAUCAACGAUGUUGGAUCACAUCUUUAUGGAAUAUUGGCGGAUUUCAAAUGCGCAUUUUGAAAUGGCAAUCGGGGUUUAAGUUCGAGGAAGAUCCUCCGAUCAUCCCAAUUUGGGUUUCACUUCAUGAGCUGCCUUUGGAAUGGACACACCCUACCGUGCUCUACUCCAUUGCCUCCACUAUUGGGAAGCCCUUGCAAGUGGAUACACCAACCCUUAAUUUGACAAGGCCUUCAGUAGCGCGAUUAUGCGUUGAGCGUGCUGCAAAAUUGGACAUAAAGAAGUGGACUGUAGGAAAGGAAAAGCAGAAAAAGGUUACUUGGGGUUCCAAAAAGAAAGGUAAAAAGGAUGAAUUACAGGUCACUAUUAUUCAGGAAAACCCUCUUAUACUUAAGUGUGUAGAGACUGCUGUUGAAAAAUCACAGCUUGCGGGAAUUUUGAAGCCUGCGGAAACCCUAAUUUCCAAGCCUGCGGAAACUCAUGCCGGGGAAUCAACUUCGGGCUUGUCGGCAUUGGAGAAAAGUCCUAUUCCUGUUGAUAUUAUUGAUAGUCAACCUCUGUAUUCUGGUUGUUAUAAGGUGGGAGAUGUUGAUGGUUCAAAGAAGGAAGUCAUCGCGCAAGGGGAUGAUGGGUUCUCUUUGCAAUCAACCCAGCUUGAUCAGGAUUUAUCAGCGAAUGAAGUUCAGUUGAAUAUUGAAGCUCCAAUAAUUCAAUCUAAUAAGUUCGCGCUUCUUGAAGCCUUGGAUGAUGAUGGGGUCGCGGCUAAAACUUUGGAUAACGAGGAGGAUGAAGUAGAAGAAGAGAUUGUGUAUACAGAAGCAAAUCAUCAUGCUCAAGUGGUUCAGGAUGAUCAAACAAAGACCAAUAACCAGGAUGAAGGUUUUGCAAAGCUUGCUUACCCGGAUGAUUCUUUGGUAAAGGAUUUGAAUGAAACGGAUGAUGAUGAUAUUGCGCAAGGGGAUUGUUGGUCUGAAGGCAAUAAGGAUGAGGCUGUUUUUGGUGGAAAAGUGCAAGGGGUUUUUUCUACCAAGAAGAAAAGAGGCCGCAAAUUGAAGGAGGAGCGAGCCAGGCUACUGGAUGGACAAGAGGGUGGGACGCAUGCUACAGGUUGGGUUAGUAAGAAGUUGGAUCGUAUCCUCUUCUCUCAAGAGUGGAUGGAAAUAUUUCCCUGUGUUUCCAUUGAGCUCUUAAGUCGCACUACCUCGGAUCACUCCCCUUUGUUGUUUCAGUUUGAUACUCAACUUGAGACUAGACCAAGAUGUUUUAGGUUUCAGAAAAUGUGGCUUAGAAGAGUUGACUUCAAGAACAUUGUAAAAGCUAGUUGGUUGCAGCCGGCAAAUAGCUUUGGCAUGAUGGCUUUCUUGAUGAAAUUGCGUAGACUGAAGCUAGUGUUAAAGGAAUGGAAUAAAACGCAUUUUGGUGAUGUUUUUGAGAAUUUGAGAAAUGCGGAGGAACGAGUGAAGGAGUUGGAAGUGCCGUAUGAUCAUUCUGGUCACGCAAAUGAUAGGCAAAACCUACACUCAGCUAGGGCAUUUUUGCUUCAAAAACUCAAGGAGCAUGAAGAUUUUUGGCGACAAAAAAUGCGUUUAACAUGGCUAAAGGAAGGUAUUCCUCCCCCAGUAAGUGUGUUGAAGGAAAUGGAGAGAAAAUGUCAACGUUUUCUAUGGCAUGGGGGGAAUGAAGAAAAGAGGAGGCAUUGGAGAGCUUGGGAUCGGCUGACUUUUCCUACGUCCGAAAAUGGACUUGGGUUGCGGAAAUUUGAUGAUGUGUUGAGCACCUUUUCAUCUUUAAAAGCUCUUAUCAAGAUUAUUCCGUCAUUUAUUCUUUGGGAGAUUUGGAAAAUGAGGAAUAAAAUGCUUUUUGAUGUGGAGAAAUUCAAUAGGGAAAAGGUUAUUUUGGCAACUAAGGUAACCAUAAGGAAUGUUUUCAUGACUCAUGAUUUGAAGGCGCGGAAUGUAGAAGAGAGGAAUUGGAUUGAAAAUAAUUUUGGCUUUCAGCUUCAAAAGGUACGGAUGAGAACUUGUAUGGGUGUUAGUUGGAAGGCUUCAGAGGGUAGUGAUUAUGUUCUUAACACUAAUGGCUCACUUAUUAAUUCGGAUUCUGGAUAUGGCUUUUGCAUCAGGAAAUGGAAUGGUAGCUUUGUAUAUGGUGAAAGUGGUUACUUAGGAGGAGGUGAUAGUUUUGAUGCGGAGGUUCAUGGAGUCCUCUUUGGGGUAAGGAAGUGUUGUCAGCUUGGCUUAGAGAAGGUGGAUAUUCAAACAGACAAUAAAGGUUUGGCGAGCCUUUUACUGUCUAUGAAGAAUGUUCCAUAG